ACAUCUUUUCAUUACCCUUAUUAUCUUCUUCCUGUGGUCUGUAUUCUCAACAAAAGCAGUCAGCAGAAUCUAUAUUGGUUCAUAAGAAGACAAAACUGUUAAGCAGUGAGCAGCUUCAUCAAGUACUUUACCUGCAGUUCUGACCCGUUAUCAUGAGGUUUCCGGUGAUAUUUUUUAUAUUGCUACCAGCAUGCAUUUAUGGAGACAUCAUGAACAUAGACACAACUGGAGCAUCAGAGAAAACAGCCAAACAGGACAAAUUAACUGUAAAGGGUGUUGCAGCUUCUAAAAAACUGGCUGAGACUGAUUUGACCCGAAUGGGGAAAUACAAGAGUAAAAUCAUUAAAGUUGGCAAAGCAAAGCAAAUGGACCCAGCUGUGAUCGCUGCCAUCAUAUCCAGAGAGUCUAGAGCUGGAGCUGCACUGAAGAAUGGGUGGGGUGAUCGUGGAAAUGGUUUCGGCCUCAUGCAGGUUGACAAACGCUAUCACAAUCCUCUUGGUGCUUGGGACAGUGAAGAGCAUAUUAAACAAGGAACUGAUAUACUCGUCAACUCUAUUAAAGAUAUUAAAGCAAAAUUUCCCAAAUGGACAGAGGAUCAAUGUUUAAAAGGAGGAAUAUCGGCUUACAAUGCAGGUGUGAGGAAUGUGCGCUCAUAUGAUCGCAUGGACAUCGGCACCACAGGAAACGACUACGCUAAUGAUGUUGUUGCCAGAGCCCAGUGGUAUAAAAGCAAAGGUUACUGAACAACAGCUGUUACUGGCCUGAAUCCUCUGUUUGAAUAAAUAACAACUUUAUUAUGCAUUUCUAUAAUUAUUAUUUUAAAAAUACUUUGAUUUUAACACUUUUGAAUGCUAGCAGUCUUAAGUAAACAUUUUUAGUGGAUUUCAGUCAGCACAUUUAAGCAAUUUUUUGCCAGUGUGUGUGAUUACAGCCUUGUGAGUUUUUAUUUGCUUUCUCUUUUUAUGCAUCUCUCUUUUUAUUUCUUUUUUUAACGUUGCCCUCCAGCCUGUGAAAAGAGCUGGAGUCUUUAUAGGUACAUAAGUUUGCCUCCUAAUAAAUCUGCAUACAUGA